UCCUGUUACUUCUGUUAUUAUCGAUCAGUGGUUCGAUGUACGCGACUUUUUUUCAAAUGCAGCUGCAUCGCAGUCUAAUGAUUUUAAAAGACGUAUAGACCGGGAAUUCUCAGAUUGGACGAGGUAAAAAUGUUAAAAAAUGCUUUAAAAGUCACUGAAAAUCUUAAGCCUAUUGAUCAGGUCAAUUUUGGCGAGACAUUCACUCAAUUAUGUGAGAAAAUCGAUAUUCCACAUCAAUGUUUGAAAAAUGUAAAAAUUAAUUGUGGAAACUACUUGUUAACAUUGUCCCGUCAGCUUCUUGAAAGAUUGCCUGACAAUCUUGGUGCAAUAGAAAAGUUAAGAUAUUUGACUCCACAACUAACUUUGUCGAAAGUAGGUCGAUCAACUUUCCAUCAACUGCCACUGGAUUUAGAUCCUAAUGCUGACCGAGAACUUUUAGAGGCUCAAUGGCAAGCUUUAGGUGUUUUGCCACUUUGCGAAAUAUGCUUACACCCGGAAGAAAAUUAAAAUAUAAAUACUAUUGAUAUUUAUCAUUUUUGAUCCUGCGUUUUGGAUUGCUUAAAUUCCGUUGGCGAAAAGCCCUUUAAGGAACUUUCACUAUUUG